AUGGAAGCGAUAGACUUGAAUGAUGAUGGUCAGAAUGAUUUGAUGGAUGAAGAUAUAGAAGAUCAUGAAGUUAUUGAGAUUUCAGAGGCUAACAGAGGCACGCCACCAAGACAUGCUCAGUCACGCCGUAGAGCUAGGUUGUGGUUAAAGUUUACUAUAAUUGGAGGACAGCGGCCUGAUGGUAAAACCAAGAUCAGAUGCAACCUUUGUAAAAGGUUCUACUUCAUUAAGCUUCGCAGAAAUGGAACCUCAACCCUGUCUCGUCAUUUGAAGGUAUGUCCAAAAGCUGUUGGAACACCUGGAACACCUAGAAGUAGUUCUAGGAAGGUGGAUAUGAUGGUGUUCCGUGAGAUGAUAGCAAUGGCCAUUAUAGAGCAUGAUUUGCCUUAUAGGUUUGUAGAGUAUAAGAGGAUUAGAAUGGCUUUUACUUAUGCUAAUUCCAGUAUUGAGUAUUGGAGUAGAAACACAGCAGCUUCUGAUGUGUUGAAGAUUUAUGAACGGGAAAAGCAGAAGCUGGUUGAGCUGCUCAAGGAGUGGGGACUGGAAAAGAAGGUCUUCUGUCUCACUGUUGACAACGCUUCUUCGAACGAUUCCAUGCAGAGUAUUCUGAAGAAACAGCUGCACAAAGAUCUGGUAUGUGGUGGAGAAUUUUUCCAUGUUAGAUGCUCAGCACAUAUCUUGAAUCUGAUCGUCCCAGAUGGCUUAGCAGUGAUAGGAGGAGCUCUGCAAAAAAUCAGGGAGAGUGUUAAGUUCGUUAGAGGAUCAGAAAUCAAAACCUUAAAAUUAGUUGCUAAUCAUGGGAAAGCUUGA